UACUGGACGCAGUCUAAAAAAAUUAUGGUGGGCCUGGAGGAGGAAAAGCCUCUGAUCUGGGUGUGCAGGGCCUUAAACCCUAACUGCGGGGUUUUGCAACGGAGCUGGCCCAAGCUCUGCAGCCCUCCGGAGAAUCCGAACGAGAAUUUGUGCAAUUGACAGAGGAUUUGGCAGCACUGGUGCUGGACUUCCGUGCCGGAGACAUCCGCUGGCGGAGCUGUAGUGUCCGCUGAUCUCAUUUACGAGCUCGGAAGAGCAAUUGGGAAUUAUGCAGUGAGCUCGUGAGCGCAGGGAUGGGGAUUUUUGAGCCCUUCAGGGCUCUUGGGUACGUCACCGACGGGACACCCUUCUCGGUGCAGCGCAGAGGCUUAGAGAAUUAUGUGACUGUCAGUGUUGGAAAAUCCUGGCAAAUAUACAAUUGCGCGAAGAUUUCCCUCCUGUUUGUUGGCCCGCAAUUAGAAAGGAAGAUUCGUGCGCUUGCUUCUUGGCGUGAUUACACAUAUGUUGCCACCGGACAGAGCAUCGUCGUCUUUAACAGGACCCGUCAAGUAUCGAUAUGGAAUGGGCACACAGGCAAAGUAAUUUUGCUCCUGGCUUUCGGAAAGCAUAUUCUAAGCAUUGGAACAGAGGGUCGCCUUCUCAUAUGGCCCGUGAUUGAGGAAGAUCCUACUGCUCCGGUGGUACCUGUAGGAAGCAUACAGUUCCGACAGUCCUUCACGCCUACUUGUAUUGUGCACCCAGAUACCUACCUCAACAAGGUUCUCAUUGGCAGUGAAGAAGGUGCGCUACAAUUAUGGAAUAUAAGCUCUCAAAAGAUGAUUUACGAGUUCAAAGGCUGGGGCUCUCCUGUACGCUCUUGUGUUACAUCCCCUGCUCUGGAUGUAGUUGGCGUCGGUUGUGCCGAUGGAAAGAUCCACUUACAUAAUCUUAAAUAUGACGAAACUGUCGUCACAUUUACUCACACCACGAGGGGUCCUGUAACCGCCCUCUCCUUCAGAACUGAUGGACAGCCGUUUUUAGCAGCCGGUGGAUCGUCUGGCGUUAUAAGUAUAUGGGAUCUUCAGAAGCGGAAAUUGCAAGCGGUUAUAAAGGAUGCUCAUGACGGAACAGUUUCAUCUCUGCAAUUCUUUGCUAAUGAGCCGGUUCUCCUCAGUGGUAGUGUUGACAAUUCUCUCAAGAUGUGGAUUUUUGACAGUAGUGAUGGGGAAGCACGUCUUUUGCGAUUCCGAAAUGGUCAUAGUGCUCCUCCCACAAGUAUAAGAUAUUAUGGCAAUGGUCAAAAUCUGCUCUCUGCUGGGCUGGACAGAUCAUUUCGAUUUUUCUCAACAAUUCAGGAUCAGCAAAGUCGCGAAUUAUCCCAAGGACAUGUCGCCAAGCGAGCCAAAAAGCUCAAGCUGAAGGAGGAGGAGUUAAAGCUUCCACCUGUUGUCGGAUUCGCAGCCGCUGAGAUCCGAGAACGAGAUUGGUGCAAUGUAGUGACAUGCCACAUGGAUCACAAUGUUGCCUACUCAUGGCGGCUGCAAAACUUUGUUAUCGGAGAACAUGUUUUGAAACCUAUUCCUGAGAAUCCGACAGCUGUCAAGGCAUGUGCUCUUAGUGCAUGUGGAAAUUUCGCAGUGGUUGGAACAGAAGGAGGGUUUAUCGAACGUUUCAAUUUACAGUCGGGUCAAAGCCGAGGUACCUAUGGCGACUCAUCCCUAGAAGGCUCACCUGCCCAUGCUGGCCCUGUAAUUGGUCUGGCAUGUGAUGCCACAAAUACGUUAAUGCUCAGUGGAGGACAUGAUGGAAACAUAAAGGUAUGGGACUUCAGGACCAGGGGACUUCAGUCUACGAUUUCUGUUGGCUCGCCCCUUGUAAAACUCGCACAUCAUCCUGCCAAUGGUUUAUUAGCAGUUGCUUCGGUGGACAAAGUGAUACGUCUGUAUGAUGUAGUAGCCGCGAGACUAGUACGAGUCUUUGAUGGCCACAGUGAUCGCAUCAAUGACAUCUCCUUCAGCGAGGAUGGAAAGUUGCUUAUCUCAUCUUCCAUGGAUCAAACUGUGCGAGUUUGGGACGUUGUAGCUGCCAAACCAUUGGAUGCUAUGCAUGUUGAUGCUGCUGUUACAGCACUUUCUCUUUCUCCCAACAUGGACAUGCUGGCAACGGCCCAUGUCAACCGGAAUGGCAUUUACCUAUGGUCCAACCGACUUAUAUACUCUGGCAGUGAUGUCGAACUUCGUGGGAGCGGGAACUCUGUUGUGCACACACCCAUGCCCACUGUUUCAUCUCACGAGAAAGUAGGACUGGAAAAUGGUACUUCAGUUGCCAUUGCGGAUGUAUCGAAUUUGAAAGCGGGUGGAGACCCUUUCCAGAACGAUGUGCCUAAAGAAACCACUCAGAUACUGCCAACCUUGAUCACUCUGUCAAUGCUUCCGAAGUCGCAGUGGCAGGGCCUUGUGGACCUAGAUCUUAUCAAGGUACGGAACAAGCCAACAGAGCCACCGAAAAAACCAGAAAAGGCCCCCUUUUUCUUGCCAACGUUGCCUUCAUUAUCUGCGGAGCCUGUCUUUGUACCUGAAAAGAAGGCUGGAGGAGAGUUGGACUCAAAGACCACGUCACAUCUAAUGAAGAGGCAACGGGAUGGCGAAUAUCUGUCGCAAUUUACACACAGUCUCCAUACCUGUGCCGAGAGCAAAAAUUAUGCGGAUUUUGUGGCUCUGAUGAAAAGCAUGUCACCGUCGGCCUUGGAUGCCGAGUUUAGAAUGUUGCAGCUAGUAGAUGAAGAGGACGAGAAUGAAGAUGAAGAUGGUGAGCGGAGCAAGGAGCUGGUUGAUAUAGGACUACUAAUGGAUUUUUUUGCACAUGAAACGAAAGCCAACAAGGAAUUCGAGUUUUUGCAGGCCUUAAUUCAGUUAUUUUUAAAGGUACAUGGGGAGACCAUAAUUAGAAAACCUCUGUUGCAAGAGAAAGCGAGAAAGCUUCAUAGCAUGCAGUCUCAUGCGUGGCAGAGAUUGGAUUCAACGUUCCAAAGAUUACGUUGUACCGUUGCAUUUUUGUCUAAUGCGCAGUUGUGAGAAAUAUAUCUGUAAAGCGGGAAAAUAAGAUACAUCAGUGUCCUUUGGGUCUCUGUCCAUGUUUCUGUUGUGUUUGGUGGGGUUGAGCUUCUACUCUACUCCAUGCACUGCCGUUACCUCAUCCAUACCGCACCUUGGUGAUGUGGGAAGGUCCUUACCGAGCAAGCCAAACUAUCAAAACAGUAGGGUCGGCUCAGCCUCGUUCGCUUUCCUUGUUCAGGAAACUUGUAAAUCGAUGUACAAACCACCGUACAGACUAUAUUCCCGGGAAGGGAUUCGGUGCACGUGCAGAACAACGUUGACCCCACGGCACGUUAUUCAGUUUUCUCAUCGACCCGAUUCUUUCAGUUGUUUCUUGCCCUUCAUGCCAGAAGCAGUGACAUCAGGCUUGAUAUUCCGGGUCACCGCCUUCUUGUAGAUUGUAUAUAUACGCCUCCCAUGAUUUUUGAGGAGUUCUUUUACAGGACUUCAGCAUUGUGCCUGUAUUCGCAAGCUUGUCACAUCUUUCAUGACUCGCAGGACUGUACUCUUUGAUAGCCAAUGACAGAA